AUGAAUUUUGCUUCUCUUCACGAUGUAUCAGCCGAAUUGAAGAGAGGCAAUGUAUCAAAUCUUAUGGAUGUUCUCGAUUUAGAGCAACGACAAGCGAAUACAGCAGCCGAAUACGUCUUGGUCAAUCUCAAAUUAGCUCUUUGUCUUCUACAUUUAGAAUCUGUACGCGCAGCGCUCAAGAAAUGUGCAGAAACACAAAAGAUAUCGAAAAAUAUUGGACUUUUGUACUACAUUCAAGGAAUUAUUCACCUCUGGAUGAAUAACGAGCAAGAAGCAAUCAAAAUAUGGUGUACUGCAUCAACUAUUCUUAUUGACGUGAAAGACGCAAGCAUUAUUAAUAGUUUAAUUCAAAAUCAAAACUUACGAGCGAAUAUUUUGAAACAUAAGUUCGAUGUUCCAUACAUCAUAGACACAUACAUCAAUUUCGAUCAAGAAAUCAACUUAUCAGAUUACGACAUCGACACGGCAUACUCUGAACUUCGAAACAACAGUUUGGCAUCUGCAUUAACAUACUUUUCACUUAUACUCGAUAAAGAUCCUAACAACUUGGAAGCAUACCGAGGUCGUGGAAUUGCGUACUGCUUGUCCGGUCGCUGGACUAAGUGUAUUGAAGAUCUUGACCGAGAAUUUCCACAAGAAAUCGAAACAGAUGCAUUAAAAUUUCUUUCGAUCGCAUUAGCAUCUACAAGACAUGUCUUUGAAGCUAUUUCUAAGAUCAGCAAAGCUAUCCUUAAUACACCAACAGACUUCGAGUCUAUUGCAGAACGAGGUAAGAUGCACAUGUCACGUGGUUUGUAUUCACUUGCAUUACAAGACUUCAAGAGUGUUCCAGAACAAUGUUACACAGAUCGUAUUUGGCUUUACAUUGCUGAAUGUCUUUAUUCCGUUGGUGACAUACUUCGAGCUAGCGAUGCAAUCGAACGAUGCCAAAUUGACAAUGAUCACCGGAAACAUUAUUGUCAUUAUUUAAUCUUACGAUCUAAAGGAUAUUAUUUCACACAAGAAGCACGCAAACAUAUUCUUCGCGCAGUCGAAAUUUCUCCUACAUUCUUUCUUUUACGUGUUACUGCUGAUUUUUUGUUUGAUAUCGGUGAAUUGAAAAUUGCACAACAUUAUUACGAUUUGGCAUUAACACAGAAACCAGAUGAUUACGAGACAAUUAAAAACUCGGCUAUUUGUCAUUUUCAUCUUGGCAAGUUUGAAUCAGCAUAUUCAAAAAUAUUGGGUCUUUACAAAAUUUUUUGUAAUGAUUUGUUUGUUGACACAUGCGACAAAUCUAUUGCAAACGAUCAUAUUUCAGGAAUAUUAUACAACUUCAACGAAAGUAUCCAUUUUGAUAAUAUUCGAGAAACCGUUUUUUAUACAUAUUUAUUUAUUCAUCGCUUUGUUCAUCAUUUUUCUGAACCUAUUGACAAAUUUCAUUUUUAUAUUGAGGACCUUGAAUCAAAAUGUCAAGAAUGUUCAAAAGAAAACGAAGAAACACAUUUUGAUAUCCCAUUGUCUCUUGAACAAGACGAAAUUCUUCAUAAACUUAUUGAAGAUUCCGACCGAAUUGGUCAACGAUGCAUUCCACACGUUAUGGAAUACACAUCUAAUCCACGUUUAGUUCGUGCACUUGGUUUAGUUACCCUUUACAUCACAUUUUGUAUGCAGAAGAAUCUUAAAAAGUCCAAGAUGACACUGUUUUGUGAUAUUGUUGAUAUUUCAUGUCAAAUCUUAUCAUUUGUUGACCUUCGUCAUCCAGUUCUUCACCGUUCUAGCAAAAACAAUAUUUCAUUAUCUCUGACACCACAAAUCUCUCUUCAACGCUAUGAACGAAAAUCACCACGCUUUUUCGGUAUUAUCAAACCAGCAUUUGAGAAAAUGCGUCAACUUUUAUCAUUGUCAACACCUCUUGAGAACGUCGAUUGUUCCGAAUACGAUUUUGGUGUUGACGAAUUCACAUUUUCACGUCGGUUUGUUGAACAAGAGACUACAUACAUUCGUUACAAGAAUCUUGGUUCACGUGGUUGUGAUUUUAGUAUUUUUCCAACAUGUAACUUAGAAGUUCUUGAUAACAUCGACAAAUAUCUUGAACGAAGUUGGUUUAACAUGUUUGACAUCCUUGAACGUCCUAAACAGAUCCGUGCAUUAUGUGUCACACUUCAACUUAUCUGGUCUAGUUUCAUCUUGACUAACUACAAUGUUGAAUUCAGUUACAGUAUUAUUCAAGCAUUCAUGAUUAGUAACCAUGGUAUCGAAGUUGAUCGUCUUGACAACGACCACUCGACCGAAUUAUUCAUUCGUCACAUGAUUGACCCAUACAUUGUUGGCUUGGAUUCAUUACUUACCGAUCACUUCGAUCACAAAGGUCUUUCUAAAUUAUAUUCUACUUCAUCAAUCGAAUUUUGGCGUCGCAUGCCAACAUCUAAAUAUUUGUUUGAUCUUAUGAAUAUUCAACAAACAAAUUUUGAUUCAUCUUUAGACAAAUAA